AUGGUGAUGAAGUCAGCAGUUGAGGAUGAUGAUGCUGGCUGGGGGCUGGGUAUCCCAGAAAAGAUGAAGAACAAUGCCAACUGGGUUGACAUUACACAUGAAUUCAAGGGUGCAUGCAAAGAGUUGAACCUUGGAGAGUUGCUUCAUGACAAACUGUUUGGUCUGUUUGAGGCCAUGUCAGCCAUAGAGAUGAUGGAUCCUAAAAUGGAUGCAGGAAUGAUCGGAAACCAGGUCAACAGGAAAGUGCUGAACUUUGAACAAGCUAUCAAGGAAGGUGCCAUCAAGGUGAAAGAUCUAAGUCUUCCUGAACUCAUCGGCAUCAUAGACACAUGUUUCUGCUGUUUGAUCACAUGGCUGGAGGGUCACUCCCUGGCACAGACUGUGUUCACCUGUCUUUACGUCCAUAACCCCGACCUGAUAGAGGAGCCAGCCCUCAAAGCCUUUGCCCUGGGCAUCCUGAAGGUGUGUGACAUUGCACGAGAGAAAGUCAACAAAGCUGCUGUGUUUGAGGAGGAGGACUUCCAGGCCAUGACUUAUGGCUUCAAGAUGGCCAAUAAUGUCACAGACCUGCGGGUAACAGGAAUGCUGAAAGAUGUGGAGGAUGAGUUGCAGAGGAAAGUAAAGAGCACACGCAGUCGACAGGGAGAGCAGCGAAACCCGGAGGUUGAGCUGGAGCAUCAGCAGUGUUUGGCACUUUUCAAUAGAAUCAAGUUCACGCGCCUUCUUCUGACUGCACUGAUCACCUUUACCAAGAAAGAGACCAGCUCGGUGUGUGAGGCCCAGAAGCUUGUGGCUCAGGCAGCUGACCUCUUAUCAGCUAUUCAUUCCAGUAUUCAGCACGGUAUCCAAUCACAGAAUGACACCACUAAAGGAGACCAUCCCAUCAUGAUGGGCUUUGAGCCCCUGGUAAACCAGAGAUUGCUGCCACCCACCUUUCCCCGCUACGCCAAGAUCAUUAAGAGGGAGGACAUGGUGGCCUACUUCGGCAAACUCAUAGAACGCAUCAAGACCGUGUGUGACGUGAUCAACACCACCAACCUGCAUGGCAUACUGGACUUCUUCUGUGAGUUCAGUGAACAGUCUCCCUGUGUGCUCUCUAGAUCUCUUCUCCAGACGACGUUCUUGAUAGAUAAUAAGAAAGUGUUUGGGACCCACCUGAUGCAAGACAUGAUUAAAGAUGCUCUGAGAUACUUCGUCAGCCCGCCUGUCCUCUCCUACAAGUGUUGUCUUUUCAACAACCACCAGGCGAAGGACUACAUGGACUCCUUUGUUACACACUGCACCAGGCCGUUCUGCAGUCUGAUCCAGAUCCAUGGACACAACCGGGCUCGACAGAGAGACAAGCUGGGUCACAUUCUUGAAGAGUUUGCCACGCUGCAGGACGAGGCAGAGAAGGUGGAUGCAGCCCUGCACAGCUUGCUGAUGAAACUUGAGCCUCAGCGGCAGCAUCUAGCCUGUCUCGGCACCUGGAUCCUCUAUCAUAACCUGAGGAUCAUGAUCCAGUACCUGCUGAGUGGCUUUGAACUGGAGCUGUACAGCAUGCAUGAAUACUACUACAUCUACUGGUACCUGUCAGAGUUCCUGUACGCAUGGCUGAUGUCCACUCUGAGCAGAGCCGACUCCUCUCAGAUGGCAGAGGAGAGGAUUCUGGAAGAGCAGCUGAAAGGACGCAGCAGCAAAAAGACCAAGAAGAAGAAAAAGGUUCGUCCUCUCAGCAAGGAGAUUACCAUGAGUCAGGCAUACCAGAACAUGUGCGCUGGCAUGUACAAGACCAUGGUAGCUCUGGAUAUGGACGGGAAGGUGCGUAAGCCUCAAUUCGAGUUGGACAGCGAGCAGGUUCGCUAUGAGCAUCGUUUUGCCCCCUUCAACAGCGUGGUCACUCCGCCACCUGUGCACUACAUCCAGUUCAAGGAGAUGUCAGAUCUGAAGAAGUACAAUCCUCCACCAGGCUCCGCUGACCUAUAUAUGGCCGCCAGCAAACACUUCCAGCAAGCCAAGCUCAUCCUAGAAAAUGUGCCCAGCCCAGACCCUGAGGUUAACCGUAUACUGAAGGUGGCCAAGCCUAACAUUGUAGUCAUGAAGCUCCUGGCUGGAGGGCACAAGAAGGAGACCAAGGUGCUCCCAGAAUUCGACUUCUCAGCUCACAAGUACUUCCCUGUGGUCAAGAUCAUCUGAUUCUACUCUGCUGCACGAGCUGAUUCGGGAGUUUCGUCACAAAGACCUUCAGCCAUAACGAACGUUCCCACAGCUGAACAAGUGUGCAAUGGCCCUGAUCCAGUCCACGUCUGAACAAUAUGUCUGAUACACCUAACUGUACGGUCGUGUAAAGGUGUGUGUCAUACACCCAAUAUUUUUUUUUUUUCCUUCACCUGAAUGAAAGAUGUGACACAAGAAACCAGACCAGAGAACUCACAACUGGACCUUAAUGAGUGACAAUAUAUCCACAUCUGCAUCUGUGUAUGUUUGCUUUGUGUGAGUGUGUGUUUGCGUGUGUGAGAGUCGGACACAAGUCGAGGUGCUUUUGAGUAAUGAACUGGCUAAUUAAAAUUUUGUAUAUGCUGCCUCCACAGCAGCUGUGAUGACAAUGGGUGCAUAUCAUUCAAACAUAUGAAAUAUACUUUCUAUGUAUUUAUGUGCUCAUCUGAAUGAAAAAUGUUGAGCCUGAAACAGACUACAGUAUCGUGUCAUACCUCGUUCAGCACCAGUUUCACGUGCUGGGAGAUCUUAAAUUCACAACUUUACAGGAAGGACACUGUAGAGAUGCUCUCCUGGCCUGUGAACCGUCUGCAACGCUUUAAAACAAAUACUACCAGCAACUCCAGAGGACUGAAAAAGCUACAGCCGUCACAAGAACACAAUAAAACAUGUCUUUCCUGUGGUAUUAUUAUUCUGUCGCUGAAUUAAUUACUUGCUGGAAAAUAAUUUCACAUUUUCAGACAAAAGGGCACAAAAUCUAAGAUGAAAAAUCCUCUUAUAUUUGUAUAUUUUGGUUUGGACAGGUAGAUUUGGCACAGGAAAAUCUUUUUAAAUGUGCAUUAGUUUACCAGUUGCAACAUACUGUGUAUUUAAACACACUGCUUAAAGUAUGGAAGCCCAUAGGGAACAAUAUUAAAAGGAUUUUUUUUCCCACAUAUAUAGAUAAGUAAAACAUACAAUGAAAAUGCAGUCUCAUAAAUCAUCCACAUACUUAUGAAUAACUGUUUUAUGUUACUGUCACUCCCCUUAAUAGUGUUCAGUGUGUAUUUGGAAAGUUAUGACAUCAUGACCAUGCAUGUAAUUUUCCCUUGUCAUGUUUCAUGUUUUUCAGAAUUUAUCACAAACUACAAAUCCCCACAUAAAAAACACACGUCCUCCUCACUGUGGUAAUAAAAACAUUUUUUAUUCUCUA